ACAGCAGCUGCAACAGCGUCAACAGCCGCCGCCGCCGCUGUCGCAGCAGGAUUGGUGGCCGAGCGACGCAGGAGAGGACGGCACACUCACCCCUCACGCGAUGCUACCGCCCCUGGUGAGAAGCAACGAACUCCUCUCGACCGGCAUCCCGCGGACACGACUUACUGCGCAUGCGCCGAUGGUAUCGACGGUGGCGCCGUACACUCGCGGCCAUAUUAACUGCCAACAAUCCGGCAUCACGACGAAAAAACCGAACAAACCGAAACGGAAGCGAGUGACGACGUUCGGCCAGCGGAAGGCGGCCAACGUGAGAGAGCGCCGGCGCAUGUUCAGUCUCAACGAAGCGUUCGACGCGCUGCGAAAGAAAGUGCCGACGUUCUCCUACGAAAAGCGCCUCUCGCGCAUAGAGACGCUGCGGCUGGCGAUACUGUACAUGGACUUCAUGAAAGACGUGCUGGUGAACUGCGACGCCAAUGUGCUGGUGAUGAAUCGGCCCGUCGUGCCGUCGCAAUCCUACAUGCCGGCAACGUAUCAUCACUGCUGAAGCGAAUGGCGCUGUCGUCGGCGAACCUGGAGGUUCAUAACUCAUGGUGGUGACUCGGCUGGAAUGCUGGCGAAUUUUUAACGUUUAUGCGA